AUGUCGGCGAUCCUCUCAGCCGAUGACCUAAACGACUUCAUCUCCCCGGGCGUAGCCUGCAUCAAACCAGUCGAAACGCUCCCCGCCGCCCCCUCGCAACCCAACCCCAGCGACCUCGAGCACGAAGUCAUCCUCGACGGCCAACAAAGCGCCGACGCGAACACAGCAGGCCCCGCUCAGAUCUCGCUGACCGACUGUCUGGCCUGUUCCGGCUGUGUGACAUCCGCCGAAGCCGUGCUCGUCAGCCUACAGAGCCACUCGGAACUACUGAGCGUCUUGGACGGCGCGCCGGGGUUACGGAUAAUACAACGCGAUAACGGGUUCGGAGUUGAGGGCCUUGAGAACCCAGAUAGCAAGCUCUUCGUAGCAAGCGUUUCGCCACAGACGCGCGCGAGCCUUGCAGCGGUCGCGGGACGAGACGUAAGCGAGCGAGAUGUCGGGCGCAUGAUAUCACAGUUAUUAAUAGGAUCAGAUGGGCUGCGCGCGGGCGGCAAGUGGAAUAAUGGGUUUACGUGGGUUGUCGACACAAAUACAGCAAGAGAAGCAUGUCUAGUCCUGGGCGCAGAGGAGGCGCUAAGCGACAAGGGCAAAGUUGCAAAACCCAUUUUGACGUCAAGUUGUCCUGGAUGGGUAUGCUACGCCGAGAAGACACAUCCACAUGUCUUACCUUACAUCUCGAAGGUGAAGUCACCUCAGGCGCUUAUGGGCACGCUACUGAAGACAACGCUAAGUCGGACACUGGGGAUCUCCCCCGACCGGAUAUGGCACCUAGCUGUCAUGCCGUGCUUCGACAAGAAGCUAGAGGCAAGCCGUGAGGAGCUUACGGACGCUGUGUGGAAUGGGAAUGGGCAGCCAGGUAGGGGAGUAAGGGAUGUAGAUUGUGUCAUCACGAGCAAAGAGAUCUUGAUGUUAACAGAAUCGAGGAGUAUUGACUUCUUCGGAUUAUCCAAAUCCCCUGUUUCCGCCUUAUUGCAAACUCCCUUUCCUGAUCCCACACUGAGGCGCUUUCUCUUCCCUCCGCGGCCUCGAGCAGGCCAGGCGGACCCGCUAGCAGGGACCUCAGGUGGUAAUCUCUAUUACACACUAAAAUACGUCUCCGCACGACACCCUGGGUCGAAAAUCGAAACCGUACGCGGCCGGAACGCCGAUGUUGUGGAGUAUACAGUGAACUCGCCAACUGGGGAGCCGAUAUUCAAAGCUGCGAGAUAUUACGGCUUCCGGAAUAUCCAAAACUUAGUCAGGAGGUUGAAGCCGCCGAAACUAUCGCGGAUGCCGGGCGCGAAAGUUACCGGACCUCGGAGACCUGCGGGUAAGCCGGCUGGGCUGGAAUAUGCUUACGUUGAAGUCAUGGCAUGUCCCGGAGGCUGCACAAACGGCGGCGGUCAGAUCAAGGUUGACGAUCCGGUGGUCAUUGAGAGGAGAGGCUUAAAUACGAAGCCUGGACCUCAGGAACAGAAGCAGUGGUUGGCACAAGUUGAUGAAGCAUACUUCUCGGCUGAAGACUCCGACUCGGAUCCGGAGGCCGAGGAUGUGAACUCGGCCGUAGAAAAUGGAAAUCAGGCGCGAGGUGAUAUGGUCGACAGCAUUUCUCCGUCGUACAUUCGAGAUACCCUGACGCAUUGGGCGGGCAUAACAGGCAUAGAUGUCGAUAGAUUGGUAUACACGAGCUAUCGCGAGGUGGUGAGCGACGUGGGCAAGGACAAAGCGGCGGGUAGCACGGAAAGGGUCGUCCAAUUAGCUGGCAAGAUCGGCGGCGGCUGGUAG